AUGUCUUUAAGUUGUGACACGACCUCCUCACCAAGUGCAUACACCCAUACUUUCACCUCGCCAGCUCCAGAGCAACGCGAGAGCCAACCCAAGGACAUCCUUGCAGCAGAUCAAAAUACAAUCACUCACGUAAAGACACCUCAACUUCCGAUCGAGGUCGUCGAUUAUAUCGCUUCUUUCUUGUUCGACUCUUGCCCGUCUGGCUGCUUCUUCCAUAUCCAUUCGUUCUCUCUGGUUUGUUCUCAGUUUAGACACGUCGCUCUGCGUCAUUAUUUUUCUUCCAUUCGCGUCUCGUCUGCAAAGCAACUUGCUGCAUAUACAAAUUUUCACUUCUCAUUGGUUUCCCGCAAUGCCCUGUGUGACAGUGUUGGAUUCGACUACGUCAAACAAUCCCAGACAACCCGACUCAAGCGCAUCUUCUCCCCACUAGCAAUCACCCCUAAUCCCGCGGUUUCCCUCCUCAAGCUGACGUCUCUCACAAUGACAAAACUCUGGAGAAUUGACGUACCUUUGCUGAAAAUUGUUGCAUCUACAUUCCCUUCUAUAAAGAUCCUUCAUCUCAGUUGCUCGGAACAGCUAGACGUCUCCUGCUGCUGGGCUUGCUUUGAAGAAAGCUCAACUGCAGUUGUGCACUCGCCAAUUCCGAAUUACUUCAAUGACAUCACGAAAUUGACGGACAACUUCGCGGAAUCACUGGAACCACUAACCCAGCUGACUGAUCUUCACCUUGGUAUCUUUCUUUCAGACGAGGAAAUGGUGGAAAAGCACAUCGAGCACUACGACACUCCAUUUGCCUUCGACCACACGCUCCGAACAGCGUUCAGUCCCAAAGCUGCAUCUCCACCCACCGGAAACAUCCUCAGUCAACUAGAAACUGAGACUACCGCUGGACUCAUAUCCUAUUCAGUAGACCAAGAUGACAAAAAAGAAGAGUCUCACUCCGGAGCCUGUACCGAAGAUCUGCCUUUUCCUCACGGCCCAGAGCUCUGCCGUACAUGCAAGCUCAUCGGAUCCGCCUCCAAGGUACGCACACGAGAGCUGGAGGCAAGUCUCGUGCUCGCAAGGAAAAUCAAGACAUUACGCACGGUCGGCUGGAGUUCGUUCUUCGCAUCCCAGGUCUUCGAGCCAGACGACAACAAGGUCGGCGAUUGGCGUAGGAGGACUACGGCCUACAUUCUACGCGCGAAUGGGAGGGUGCGGGUGCGUAGGAGACCCUGGUAA